CUCCCUUUAACAAUAGCAGACGAAAAUUUUCAGUAUGAAAAGAGAAAAAAAUGAAAAUUGGCUACAUAACCAUUUUGAUGUGCAUGUAUGAAGUAUGUGGGCAAAUAGAGGUUACAAAGAACAACAGCCAAAAUUUACAGGGAUUUAAUACACAGUUGGUGGAAAAACAAAGAACAGCAUCAUUUACCAGAAAUGGCAAAUAUAAGAAUAGAAGAACGAGAAGACAGCAAAUUAGUGAUGCUGAUAAUUUAUGGUUUGAUUUGAUAGAUGGUUCAAAGAAAGAUUACAGUGAAACCUUUUUUUCAAAAAUUACAGACAGAAAAACAAAAUUGGGACCCAUGAAGUUUACUUGCAAAUGGGAUAACAAAGAAAAUAGACGUGAACAGUUUGAAGCUGCAUUCAUUGAGUUUAAAAAGCCAGAUCAGGGGGCAUAUUACAGGGAGUACGAUCGAAUUGUAGCUAUGAAUAAAGAUGAAAAAAUUUUGUGGUCAGAUCACUUGCCAUGGCCUAAAAAAUUCGAUUCAGAAGGUGAAUUAUAUAACACAGCAGUCGGAAAGAUAUCAAAUUCAGAAGCAUAUCUUGAUAUUUAUGCCUCUAGAAUGAAGUGUGAAAAUGAACAAGGAUGGUACAGAUGUACUGUGUUUGUCAAAAGACCUGGAAAUGAAUUUAAAUAUCAAACCAGCAAGAAGAAGUGGAUGUUAAUUCCUUGUAUGGUAAAGUAUGGUAGAUUUAAAUCAAAGGUUGCCUGGGGUGCUGGUGGAUCAGAUUCUAAUAAUCUUGAUCAGUUCUUUUUUGAAAUGAAAUCUGUUUCUGGUGAUGUAUUAAAAAAAAGAUCAUCUCAGAAAUUAGUAGAUCUAACCGGUCGACCCCACACAUACAAAUAUAAUAAAAAAACAAAAACAAUCAGAGUUCAUGAAUGUAGACCAUCUAGUGGAGUAAUGCAAAAAGCAACAUACAUACUGGGUUUUGUGUUUGAAUUUAAACGAAUUGGUGAAGACUUUUAUCAGCCAAUAGCAGGAAUAAGUGACAGAGGAAAUAUAGUUUGGUCUGAAUCAGUAUACUGGCAGCAAAAUUAUUUAUGUAAAGCAGACAAAACGAGGUGUCCUACGGCUUAUGGAUCAGUUACAGAAAAUCCAUCUUUUACAUUAAUCACAUCUGAUUGUAAGAAAAAUGAAGGAUAUUAUAAAUGUCACAUAUUUGUUCAGUUUGCUGGUUCCCCUGCAUCAGAACAAAUUGAAUCUGAAGUCCUUCUCAAGUCACCAGAUUGUGGUGCAAAAGCAUCAAAAAGUCAGCCUGAUAUCAAAUUGAACAAAUUAACAGAAGAAGACAAGAAACAAUUGCCUCCCCCUAUAGAGAAAGAGGAAAAUUACACGGACAUUUACAUAGGAGUUAGUGUUGGUACUGUUUUAGUAUUGAUCGUAGGUUACUUAGUUUGGAGUACUAAGAAAAAAAUGCAAGAGAACAAAGACAAAGAACAAAAAUUAAUGCUGUUACACAGAGAAAAAAUGGAAAAACAAGGAGAUAAAGGGGGACAAAACCAAAGAGAUAAAAAUAUGUAUAAACGAUAGGAACAUAUGAAAAAGAAAUCAUCCCAACAUAUGUCAAAGUUGCUGUGACAUCAUGUGCAGACCCACGGAAAACGGCAGGCAUUGUAACAUUCCCAUUUAUAAAGUCCUCGGUAGGAAUUACAGACCUAAACCGCUUUAGAUACUCAGGAAUUUUUCAUUGUGAAUCUCCAGGGUUAUACAUAAUAUCAGUGUAUAUAGUGUCAUCUACAAGUCAUGCAUCUUAUCGUGUGUACAAGAACUCACAUCUAUUAACAGAUGUGCAUAUGACAGGAAAUUCAAAUGAUUCUUUUGAUUAUGGAACAGGAACUGCACUACAAGCAGUUGAUCUUAAAAUAGAUGAUACGUUGUCAGUUGAACUCGGUAAUAACGUCGCUAUAGAAGGUGCCUCACUGUCGUGUAUAACAAUAAUUAAAACUGUAUAACUUUAGUGAAUAUUGUUUUGUUAAGUAAAUAUAAAAGUUAUGCGGAUAAAAAACUCAUCAAAGUAAUAAGUUUAAAUCUAAGUCAGGCUUUUUAACUGAUUUUUAUAGUUUGUUCUGAUUUUGUGCUGUUACACCACUGUCCCAGGUUAGGGGUAGGGUUGAGAGUGCUCCUGAACAUAGCAUUAUCUUUUGAAUUAUUUCACAUUUUGUCAUGCUGGUAACUUUUAUGGUACUAUACGGUAUUGGUUUUGCUCAUUAUUAAAGGCCGUACGGUGACCUAUAGUCGUUUGCAUCCUCGUCGUCUUUUGGUAUUUUGUGGAAAGUUAUUUCGUUUGCAAUUAUACCACUCUUCAUGUUCAUAGUUUUUAUAAUUUAAUACGCCAAACGACCGAAGACUCUCAGUGAGGCACUCUUAUUAACAGUUGGAUGGAAGAGGCAAGAAAAUACUGUUAUCUUGUAGAGGUUCUGGAGGUCUAGCAUAUCGAACUGUUUCAACUUUAAGUUGUAACGAACCAGCUCUGAAUAAUGACAAAAUACGUCAGUGGCAUCUAUUAUUAACAAACACUAUAUCCCUGGGAUGUGUUUUAUUUGAUUUUAGUCUCUGAUGCAUGUUUUUUUUAUAAUUAAUUGUUUUUGGCUUUUAACUAGCUUUCAGUAACGGCAAGUACUCUCAAAUCGUACUUUCGUGUUGAAUUGAUCUGUUGACACGAUUUAUAAUGAAUUUUUGUUGUUCAAUUUUUACUUAUUUUGUGUUAUAUCUCGUCUCACUAUUUUCAAUAUGUAUCACCUUUGAAAAGUAUUUAGCAUGACGAUAAAUUUUCACUUCUGUACCCGUAUUUCCGUACUCCUAACAACAAAAUUAUUAUAUUUAAAUUUA